AUGACCUCCUCUCACCCAGACCACCCCCUCUUCAAACCCACGCUGAUCAUCCACGGCGGCGCGGGCGCCAUCCAGCGGUCCAAGCUCCCUCCUGAGCUCUGGGCAAAGUACCACGCCUCGCUACUGUCCUACCUGCGGUCGACGUACGAGAAGCUCAAGAAUGGCGUCAGCGCCCUGGACGCUGCUGUCCACGCCGUCUCGCUGCUCGAAGAUGACGAGCUCUUCAAUUGCGGCCGUGGAAGCGUGUUCACGUCUGCGGGGACGAUCGAGAUGGAGGCUUCGGUGAUGGUGACGUCUGUUCGAGACCAUAGUCAUAAUCAUGGACACGGUCUUGGCCGAGCAGCCAUCAAGCGCGGCGCAGGCGUCAUCCGCGUCAAGAACGUGCGCCAUCCGGUACAGCUGGCGCGGGAAGUGCUGCUGCGGACGGGGAUCGACGAGAAUGGCGAUGCGGCAGACGAUGGAGGGAACAUGCAUUCGCAGCUCAGCGGGCCGUACGUCGAGACGCUGGCGCGAGACUGGGGUCUGGAGUUCAAGCCCGACGAGUGGUUCUGGACCAAGGCCCGAUGGGACGAGCAUCAGCGGGGGCUGAAGGGCAUCAAGGAGGAUAUUACCCUCAGCCAGGGCACCGUCGGCUGCGUCUGUCUCGAUCAGUGGGGGAAUCUGGCCACGGCGACGAGUACGGGCGGGCUGACGAACAAGAAGCCUGGCCGGGUGGGCGAUACGCCGACGCUGGGUGCUGGGUUUUGGGCGGAGUCGUGGUCGUCAGAGACGGCGCCAGAACAGACGGUACCAGACCAGACGAUGGUGUAUAGACCUGGAGCUGGAGCUUCAAGGACAGAAGACAAGCCGAAUUUCACCAUCCACUGGGACGCUCUGUCCCCGUGGAACCUGAUCCAGGAUCUCUUCCUGGGCGAUUGUCUUGGGCGGUCUGAAUCGCGGACUGUUCAGCGACAGCAGACUGAGAAGCAGCCACUGCUCAAUCAGUCUUCGUCUACAACUAAACCUGUUCGCAAACGCACGACCCGCGCCGUCGCCCUCUCCGGCACCGGCAACGGCGACUCCUUCCUCCGACUCAACGCCGCCCGAACAGCCAGCGCCAUGCUCCGCUUCUCGGACAAGAAGCUCUCCCUUGGACAAGCCAUCACAGCCGUAGCCGGACCGGGAGGCGAACUGCAGCAAUCCGCGGGCCAGCGAUGGGGGAAGACGGGCGAGGGGAUGGGCGGGUUGAUUGGGAUUGAGGCGGAGCUGGAGAGUGACGCUGAUAGAAACUCUUUACGAAAGGGAAAAGUCGUCCACGACUUCAACUGCGGCGGGAUGUUCCGCGCGUGGAUGGAGGAGGAUAGCACGGGGGAGGAGAGGGAGCGGGUGAUGGUUUUUCGGGAGGAAUAUCAUUAA